AUGGGGGAGGAGGCCCCCCGCGUGAAGAAGCGGCGGGCGAAGAAGCCCAAGGACGCGCCGCGGCGGCCCAAGUCGGCCUACAUGUUCUUCAUGGCAGAGUUCCGGGAGAAGUGGAAGGUGGACCACCCGGAAGUGAAUCGGGUGUCUGACGUGGGUGUGGCGGCAGGCGAAGCGUGGCGUUCCCUCACACCCGAGCAGAAGGCCGUCUAUGAAGAGCAGUCCGUCGGCUCCAAGGCGACGUAUGCGGCGGAGAUAGCUGAGUACGCGAGCGCGCACCCAAAGCCGCCCAAGAAACGGCAAAGGUCCCGCGAGCCGGGGCAGCUGCGGCGCCCGACCUCCGCCUACUUCUUCUUCCUCAACACAUUCCGCGACGCCUUCAAGGAGGACAACCCGGGCACUGGCCCUUGUGCCAUGCCUCUGUGA